GAUGGAGGCUGCACAUGUCCAGGAGAUGUCGCCAAAGCCUUUGGAGCCGGUGCAGACUUUGUCAUGCUGGGAGGCAUGUUUUCAGGCCACACAGAGUGCGCAGGAGAGGUGAUCGAGAGGAACGGGCAGAAGCUGAAGCUCUUCUAUGGCAUGAGCUCGGACACAGCCAUGAAGAAGCACUCGGGAGGCGUCGCCGAGUACAGGGCCUCUGAGGGCAAGACUGUGGAGGUGCCUUACAAAGGGGAUGUAGAGAACACAAUUCUGGACAUCCUCGGAGGACUGCGGUCUACCUGUACCUAUGUCGGGGCUGCCAAGCUCAAAGAGCUCAGCAGGAGGGCCACGUUCAUCCGGGUGACCCAACAGCACAACACGGUGUUCGGUUAACCUCCAGGAGGCCACCCCUCGCCAUGCUUCUCCCACCCCUUCUUGUCUGUCCUAGCAGGCUGGCUGCCACCACAGAUGCCGACACUGAGCCGCCGUCCUGAGCAUGCACAUAAAGGCCUUGGGGCUUGCCCUAGUGCCUGUGUGGAUCCCGGGAGCACGUGGGGCCCUGGGUCAGCUCCUAGAACUCAUUGCCUCUUUGUUUCAAGCAACCCCUGCAGCCUGUCCUUCCGCCUCUGUUUUCUUCCUCAAGGACAGUGGUUUCACUUUUAAUAUAAUGCUGUGAUCUUGA